AACUGGAACUGAAGAAAUCAAUCCAUUAGAUCAUAAGACAGUCGCGAGUGAGCAGACCAAAAACCCUCCUGUAUUGAGAGUUGCUUCACGAUGAGGAAGUGGACGAUUACUUCCGCUCUUCUACUCUUAAUUCUUCUCUCUAUCGUUCCAGAUCAAGGACGAAAGAACCAAGCUAAUGCUGAAGAAAGUGAAUCAGAUAACUUAGUUGAUCCACCAAAGAUUGAGGAUAAGCUUGGUGCUGUUCCUCAUGGAUUAUCUACUGAUUCGGAUGUUGUUAAGAGGGAGUCAGAAUCAAUGUCAAGGAAAACUCUUAGAAAAUCCGCAGAGAAGUUUGAGUUCCAGGCUGAGGUUUCUCGGCUUAUGGAUAUCAUUAUCAACUCUCUUUACAGUAACAAAGAUAUCUUCUUGAGGGAGCUAAUUUCCAAUGCUUCUGAUGCAUUGGAUAAGAUUAGGUUCCUUGCUCUUACUGAUAAAGAAAUUCUAGGAGAAGGUGAUGAUACAAAGCUCGAGAUUCUGUUGAAAUUAGACAAGGAAAAGAAAAUCCUGUCAAUCCGCGACCGUGGUAUAGGAAUGACAAAGGAAGAUCUUAUUAAGAACUUGGGAACUAUUGCAAAAUCUGGAACUUCUGCUUUUGUGGAGAAAAUGCAGACAAGUGGUGACCUCAAUCUAAUUGGGCAAUUUGGAGUUGGGUUUUACUCCGUGUAUCUUGUUGCCGAUUAUGUUGAAGUCAUAAGCAAACACAAUGAUGACAAACAGUACGUAUGGGAGUCUAAGGCUGAUGGAGCAUUUGCUAUUUCUGAGGAUGAAUGGAAUGAACCACUAGGACGAGGAACUGAGAUUAGGUUGCAUCUUAGAGAGGAGGCUGGGGAGUACUUGGAGGAAGAUAAACUAAAAGAUUUGGUGAAAAAAUAUUCUGAAUUCAUCAACUUCCCUAUUUCUAUCUGGUCAACCAAGGAAGUGGAUGUUGAAGUUCCCGCAGAUGAAGAUGACAGCGAAGAUGAAUCACCUGAAAAGAGUUCCACAGAGGAUGAAGAAGUAGAGGAAGAUGGUGAGAAAAAACCGAAGACAAAGACAGUGAAGGAGACAACUUCUGAGUGGGAAGUCCUCAAUGAUGUUAAGGCCAUAUGGUUACGCAGUCCUAAGGAGGUGACUGAUGAAGAGUACUCAAAAUUCUACCACUCCCUCGCCAAGGAUUUUAGUGAGGACAAGCCUAUGUCUUGGAGUCAUUUUACUGCUGAAGGUGAUGUUGAAUUCAAGGCUGUUCUUUUUGUUCCUCCAAAGGCUCCUCAUGAUCUGUACGAGAGUUACUACAAUGCUAACAAGUCCAACCUGAAGUUAUACGUCAGACGUGUCUUCAUCUCAGAUGAAUUCGAUGAUCUUCUGCCCAAGUACCUUAACUUUUUGAUGGGUCUUGUGGAUUCAGACACUUUACCACUUAAUGUAUCACGUGAAAUGCUUCAACAACACAACAGUCUAAAGACAAUUAAGAAGAAACUUAUCCGUAAAGCUCUUGAUAUGAUCCGUCGGAUCGCUGAAGAGGAUCCUGAUGAGUCGAGUGAAAAGGACAACACUGAUGCCGAGAAGUCAAACGAUAAUGACGAGAAGAAGGGUCAGUACACCAAGUUCUGGAAUGAGUUUGGAAAGUCUAUCAAACUUGGUAUUAUUGAGGAUGCUGCUAACAGAGGUCGCCUUGCUAAGCUUCUCAGAUUCGAAAGUUCAAAGUCUGAUGGCAAGCUAGUAUCAUUGGAUCAAUACAUCAAAAGAAUGAAAACAGGGCAGAAGGAUAUCUUUUACAUUACAGGAACCAGCAAGGAACAGUUGGAGAAAUCCCCAUUCCUUGAGAGGCUUACAAAGAAAAAUUAUGAGGUUAUUUUCUUCACAGAUCCUGUGGAUGAAUACCUCAUGCAGUACUUGAUGGACUACGAAGACCAUAAAUUCCAAAAUGUGUCCAAGGAGGGUUUGAAGAUUGGUAAGGACUCCAAGGACAAAGAGCUUAAGGAUUCAUUCAAGGAUCUGACCAAGUGGUGGAAGGAUGCCCUCGUUACUGAGAAUGUGGAUUCCGUGAAGCUCAGUAACCGUUUGGCCGACAGUCCAUGUGUUGUAGUGACAUCAAAGUUCGGAUGGAGUGCAAACAUGGAGAGAAUAAUGCAAUCACAGACUUUAUCAGAUGCUAGCAAGCAGGCAUACAUGCGUGGGAAGAGAGUACUUGAAAUCAACCCAAGACACCCAAUCAUCAAGGAGCUUCAGGAGAGAGUAGCCAAGGAUCCCGAGGACGCAAGCGUAAAGCAAACUGCACGUCUUAUGUACCAAACAGCUCUCAUGGAGAGCGGGUUCAUGCUUAGCGACCCCAAGGAUUUUGCUUCCAGCAUCUACAGUUCAGUGAGAUCAAGCCUGAAUAUUAGUCCAGAUGCUUCAGUUGAAGAAGAAGAUGAUGUAGAAGAGACUGAGGUUGAAACCGAAACUAAAUCGGAAACCAAAGACAACGAAGGAAAAGUUGAUGUAGAAGAUGACAGUGAAUCUGCAUACAAGGAUGAGCUCUAGAUUUGCUAUUGGGUAGUAAUAAUCCUUUCUUUCUCAAAAGAGAUUGUUUAUUUUUGCAGGCACGACUUGCAACUCUGUUAGGAUAGAAGCCAACCACAAACCAUGCGUCCUGCCUUUUCUGCUCAUUUGCGGAACCAGAAAAAUAUGGAUGAGCUUAGAUUUACUGUAAUUUUGUAGCUUUAUUUUUUUUCUUUUUUGGGUCCUUUUGGGUUUUAUGUAGUAACUUGUAGUUAAUCCCAAGUUAAUAGAGAUUAUUCUGCAGUUAUUUAAUUCACUCCAA